AUGUCUGAAAAAGCCUUCAGAAUCUCCGUUCAGGAGGACAAGCUUCAGCAGCUGAAGGACAAGCUAGCUCUGACUGUGUUCCCGGACGAACUUGAAGAUGCUGAAUGGGACUACGGCGUACCUUUGGCGGAUAUGAAGCGGUUGGUGGCACGUUGGAGAGAGGGAUACGACUGGAAGAAGCAUGAAUCUGAGCUGAACAACGAGCUCCCCCAGUUUACAAGAGACAUAGAUGUGGAUGGAUUCGGGACACUGAACAUCCAUUAUGUGCAUCAACGCAGCCUGGUGGAGGACGCAAUACCUCUUCUAUUCGUCCACGGAUGGCCAGGCAGUUUCAUCGAAGCUCGCAAGAUUCUCCCACUUCUAACCGCUUCGUCGCCCGACCACCCAAGUUUUCACGUCGUUGCAUUGAGCCUACCUGGUUACGGAUUCUCCGAGGCACCUCGAAACAAGGGGUUCAGUAUUGUUCAGUGCGCAGAGGUUGGGCAUAAACUCAUGCUUAGCCUUGGAUACAGCGAGUACGUAACGCAAGGGGGAGAUUGGGGUUAUGUGAUUACACGAAAAAUUGCUGCCCUGUAUGGAGGGAAGCACGCUAAAGCCUGGCAUACCAACUUCCCACUCGGCGCCUUUCCGCACCCUGUCCAUCGUCCAUGGCUGUUCCUGACUUACCUUGUAUCACGCUUGACUCCGAAAGAAAAGGCUGGCCUGGCACGCGCUGAAUAUUUUCAAAAGAAAGGCACUGGAUAUGGGAGGCAGCAGGGUACCAGGCCUCAAACCCUUGGGUACAGUUUAGCCGAUUCACCCGCAGGAUUGCUCGCAUGGAUAUACGAGAAAUUACGCGAAUGGACAGAUGAGUACCCUUGGGAAGAUGACGAAGUUUUGACAUGGGUAUCUAUCUAUUGGUUCUCAAGGGCCGGACCUGCAGCGUCGUUGAGGAUAUACAAAGAAUCCGCUGAUUCAGGGGAUUUGUCCAUGGACUUUCGCAGGCCAAAAGAAUUGCCAGCCAUUCCCCUCGGUUACUCCCUGUUCCCCAAGGAACUUAUCCCCCUCCCUAAAGCUUGGGCAAGGUAUACUGGCAACACAGUGUUUGAAGCUGAACACGAUAAAGGGGGUCAUUUUGCUGCCCACGAAGUGCCAGAGCUGUUGGUUGGUGAUUUGAGGAGUAUGUUCGGAAAGGGUGGACCAUCAUUCGGCGUUGUCAAUGGACGAACUGGAUACGUGUAA